UAUAUAUUAACCUCUCUCACCCUCUUUCAUUACUAUCAACAAUUCGAGUGCACUUCAUUUCUCCGAUUUCUAGGAAACACUCUCAAAUGGAAACCCUACUCAUAACAUUCAGUCUUGUAGCGGCAACAACAGCCUAUUUUUUAUGGUUCUUUGCGCUCUCUUAUAAGCUGACCGGUCCGAGAGUCUGGCCGAUCGUCGGCAGCCUCCCGGUUCUCUGGAUGAACCGGAGGCGCUUCCACGACUGGGUUGCGGAAAAUCUCCUCGCAACCGGAAGCGCCGCCACCUACCAAACUACCACCAUCGCGGUUCCAUAUUUUGCUCGUAAACAAGGGUUUUACACCGUGACAUGCAACCCUAAGAACAUCGAGCAUAUUCUUCGAACUCGCUUCGAUAAUUACCCGAAAGGUCCCACGUGGCAAACCGCUUUUCAUGAUCUUUUGGGGCAGGGGAUAUUCAAUAGUGAUGGAGAGACGUGGCUGAUUCAACGCAAGACGGCGGCGCUUGAGUUCACUACUCGGACACUUCGACAAGCUAUGGCGAGGUGGGUGAGUAGAACGAUCAAAACUCGAUUCUGGAAGAUUCUCGAAAAAGCAUCCGCGGAGCAACGAGCCGUGGAUUUACAAGAUUUAUUGUUGAGGCUCACGUUUGAUAAUAUUUGCGGCCUUACGUUCGGGAAAGACCCGGAGACUCUGUCUCCGGGUCUUCCUGAUAAUCCGUUCGCCAAAGCGUUCGAUUCGGCCACGGAAGCGACACUGCAGCGCUUACUGUACCCCGAAUUUUUGUGGAGGUUGAAGAAAACAUUUGGAAUCGGAGGCGAAUUGAAGCUGAAAAAAUGUCUCGAAAUUGUGGAGAAUUACAUGACGGAUACGAUCACGGCACGAAAAGAGUCUCCUUCGGAUGAUUUAUUAUCUCGGUUCAUGAAGAAAAAAGACGCUCAUGGGAGAUCAUUUCCGAGUCAUGUGCUGAAACGCAUCGCGCUCAACUUUGUUCUAGCAGGCCGCGACACUUCUUCCGUGGCGAUGAGCUGGUUCUUCUGGCUCGUCAUGAACAAUCCGAACGUCGAACGGAAGAUCAUAAGCGAAAUAUCUCGUGUUUUGUCACAAACGCGAGGCGAAGAUCGUAAAUUAUGGGUCGAGGAGCCGAUAAUUUUCGACGAAGCAGAUAAAUUAAUUUACCUAAAGGCUGCGCUUGCUGAGACUCUUCGUUUGUAUCCCUCGGUGCCCGAGGAUUUCAAAUAUGUGGUCUCGGAUGAUGUUUUACCCGACGGGACGUUCGUCCCGUCGGGUUCAACCGUGACCUAUUCGAUUUAUUCUAUGGGGAGAAUGAAGAGUAUAUGGGGUGAAGAUUGCAUGGAGUUUAAACCGGAAAGGUGGCUCUCACCCGAGGAAGACCGGUUCGAACCGCCUCAAGAUGUGUACAAAUUUGUGGCUUUUAACGCUGGACCGAGGACUUGUUUAGGGAAAGACUUGGCGUACUUGCAAAUGAAAUCUGUGGCUUCAGCUGUGCUGCUGCGUUACCGGCUUUUACCGGUUCCGGGUCACCGGGUCGAACAGAAGAUGUCACUGACCCUGUUCAUGAAGAAUGGGUUACGGGUCUACUUGAAUCCACGAGAGCUUGAGAGUUGAGACGGGUAUUUAGAUGGAGGGGUAUAAUCGUCUCUCUAAGUUGGAGGAAAUUUGUUUAAGGGGUUAGUUAAAGGGUAUACUUGUCAUUUCAAGCAAAUUUAUAUUCAUACUUAGUUUUGAUUUUUGUUACAGGUGUUUGGUUUUUGUUUAAAAGUCAUACCAAGUUGAAAUGGUUGUCCGGUGUUUUCUUCGUGAUGUCAAUAAAAAAUAUAAUCGAUAUAUACAUUUAUCAUCA